CCUAGCUAUGCUUUCUGCUUGCACAAGCAACCACACUUCACUUUAAUUAUCACUUUCAACUUAGCUUCAUUCACCUCUCUUCCUCUCUCUAUUAAUCUUGUUUUUUAUACAUUUGUCUAAAUUCUUGUUGUAGUAGGAAAAUAUAUUCAAGGAGAGCUGAGUACUUAUUUUUGCAUCAUCUUAAGAUAUAAAUGGUCAUUUGAUUGGAUAUUUACUUACUAAUCAGAGAGCAAAAAUGGAAGUGAAGUUAAUGUUCUUGGCUGUUUUCUUGGUUGUUGCAUCAUUUUUAUUGGUAGUGACUAGUGAGCCUUCUGGGGAUAAAAAGGCUUUGCUUGAUUUUGCGCGGAAUAUGUCCCAUUCGCAUCGUCUGAAUUGGGAUGUGAAAUAUUCUGCUUGUAGAAAUUGGACUGGAGUGACAUGUAAUGGUGAUAAAUCUAGGAUUAUAGCCCUUCGAUUGCCUGGCAUCGGAUUUUCAGGCCAAAUACGCUUCAACACUCUUAGCCGCUUGUCAGCGUUGCAGCUGUUGAAUUUAAGAUCCAACAGCAUAAUGGGUCCUUUUCCUUCUGAUUUAGCUAAGCUUGGGAACUUAACUGCUCUGUACCUUCGAUCCAAUAAGUUUCAUGGUUUUCUGCCAUUGGAUUUUUCGGUUUGGAAAAAUCUGUCCAUUCUUGAUUUGUCAAACAAUGCCUUUAAUGGCAGUAUCCCUUCCUCUCUAUCAAAUCUGACUCACCUAACAUCAUUGUACCUAGCUAACAACUCGCUUUCGGGUGAGUUACCUGAUAUCAAUAUCUCUGGUCUCCGAGUGCUGGAUCUGUCUAAUAAUAAUCUCACUGGAGUUAUUCCUCAAUCUUUUCAUAGAUUCCCAAGCUCAAGUUUCAUUGGUAAUCAUUUCUCCCCUGAAAACCUCCCUAUUCCGCUUCCUCCUGCUCCUCCACCAAAAGCUCCACCUUCAAAGAAAUCCUCAAAACUCGGUGAACCUGCAAUCCUAGGAAUUGCAAUUGGAAGCUGUGUACUGGCAUUUGUGAUAAUCGCUGUUCUCUUGAUCGUAUGUUAUUCCACUAAAGGUGAAAAUGGUGUAUUAGCAAAGUCCAAAAAGAAAGAAACAACCCUGAAGAAAACAGUUUCCGGGAGGCAGGAUAGGAACACCAGCCUUGUAUUCUUUGAAAAUUGUAGCCUUGCAUUUGACCUGGAAGAUCUGCUAAGAGCUUCUGCAGAAGUGCUUGGUAAGGGAACAUAUGGGACAACAUACAAGGCUGCAUUGGAGGAUUCAACCACAGUCGUAGUGAAGAGAUUAAAGGAAGGGAGUGUUGCAAGACGAGAGUUUGAGCAGCAGAUGGAGGUUGUUGGAAGUAUUAAGCAUGAUAAUGUCGCUGCUCUGAGGGCAUAUUACUAUUCCAAGGAUGAAAAGCUCGUCGUGUAUGACUAUUACAAUCAGGGAAGUGUAUGGGCAAUGCUACACGUGAAUAGAGGUCAAGGCAGGACUUCUCUGGACUGGGAAGCUCGACUGGGUAUCGCUGUUGGGGCAGCAAGGGGAAUUGCUCAUAUCCACACACAAUCUAGCGGAAAGCUUGUUCAUGGUAACAUUAAGGCUUCAAACAUUUUCCUCAACUCCAAACAACAUGGAUGUGUGGGUGAUCUUGGAUUGGCGACAAUAAUGAGUCCAUCAGCCCCGCCUAUGCAAGGAGGAUACCGAGCACCAGAAGUAACAGACAGUCGUAAAGUAUCCCAAGCAUCUGAUGUUUACAGUUUUGGAGUCCUGCUUUUUGAGCUCUUAACCGGGAAGUCUCCAAUACAUACAGCAGGAGGUGAUGAAGUCAUUCACCUGGUAAGAUGGGUUCACUCAGUCGUCCGAGAGGAAUGGACUGCAGAAGUGUUUGAUCUAGAACUUCUGAAGUUCCCUAACAUAGAGGAGGAAAUGGUGGAAAUGUUGCAGAUAGGAAUGGCCUGCGCCUCACGAGUUCCCGAGCAGAGACCCCAAAUGUUAGAGGUGGUGAAAAUGGUGGAGGAUAUCAGACGGAUAAAUACAGGAACUCAGCCAGCUUCGGCAACUAUAUCAGAAGGUUCAACUCCCACCUUCAUAAGCUGAAAUAAGACGAUCUUUGAUUCAAGAGUAAGACUAUUGUAUCGUAUAAUCUUUUAAUUCUUUAUUAUGACUGGAUUACCACUUGGUAAACUGUAGUUUUGUUUUGCGUCUGUCUGUUCCUUUUGUCAAAUACCUCACCUAAUUUACAAAGCAAGUCAAAAGUUUGGUUGGCUUACUGAA